AUGCUGGUUGGGAAGGGCAAAAGAAGUGAGGAUGGCCUUCUAGGAACUGUCACCAAGCGUGUGCUGGAUCCGUGCUCAAAGAGUCAGCACGCAACCGGCACGGGGCACGGGGCAGUACCAACUCCAACAUUGGUCCGCUGUUCCCUAUUUGCCGACAGUCUUGAGAUGCCCGUUCAGGCAUCGUCGCAGGCCAAGGGUACUCCUCCCCUUUUUUUGGACCACUCGAGGCCGUUGUGCCAUCCUCAAAUAUGCACCCAGAGAAAAGUACAGCUCUUGAUGCCCCCAACAGUCCGACAAGUUAAUCUUGUAAAUGGUCGUCAUCAAGUGGAUUUCGAGCAGUCGAUUAAUUGUUUGGAAAUGGACACUUGCAGUGUUUAUUCUGUCCCAUUUACCUUCCAGAUUUGUUCCUGCAACUUAAUUGCCCAGGCAUAUGCGGUUUUCAAUAUGCCUCAAGCGUGUAUCUAA